AUGCCCAACACUCCAUCAGCUUCACCUACCACCACUCAUGAUGAUCUUGGUGUUCCACCAUUCAUUCCUGAUCUUGUUCAUCUUGCUCCUAUCAUUGUUGACAAUCCUCAAUCCAUUGUUCCUUCUACCUCUAAUGUUCGAAAGUCUCAGAGAGUCUCUAAGCCUUCAACUCGCCUUAGAGACUUCCACUUUAUCAAGGUGGACAGAAGGCUGACCGAGUUACUUAUUGCGUUCAUGUCCAGUGAAUAUCCAGGCAGUAAUCUCGAAAUUAAAGGAGGAAUAACAUUCAUUUCAGCAACAGAUGGAUGGCGGGGAAUGCGCGAAGCAGAAGCCACCUGGGCACAGAGUUUAAUAAGUUCAAAUGGAGAGCUUACAAGAGACUCCACACUGCCAGCAGCAAAUCCUGCCAUUAGAGCUUUAGAGACAUGCACAUAG